CUAGUGUGCAAGACUGUACCCAUUAAAAUAAACCAGACUCUGAGAUGACAGUGCACCCUGUGUAGUGCGAUUAAUGCGUUUAACACCUGCGCAGCAGCGCGCUGGCCUGGUUACCUUGACAACGAGAUGCCGGAAGAGCGAGAUCAAGAGAUAAAAACACGCUUCACAAGAGAUACAAAUUAUGUUUUCGCAAUCCUCGAAGACCCAGAGGCAAGACGCGGGGCAGCCUUCAAUUAUUAAAUCAGAAUCCAUGUCCAGAAAACAAAAAAAAGCUGCUCUACAACAUCCACCAGUCCACAGAAUGACAUCCAAACGCAGAGCAAAGACUUGUGAAAACUUCUUAGAAAGGAUGCCACUGGAGAUCAUUCUCAGGAUUCUCUCAUACUUGGAUACUGGGUCUCUUUUCUGCAUUAGUUUUGUCAACAAGCACUUCCAUGAACUGUCCAACAGCAAUGCUAUGUGGUAUCAGUUUUACAUCCGUGAAUGUACCAAAAAGAAGAAAGCCUGCCAAGAAGACCAGAUGAUGCAUGCCCUGGGUAUGAUGGGUGUGCAGGAGAGGCCAAAGGGAUACUGGAGAAACACCUUCUUCAAAGAAAUUGCCGGCCUGAACUUGAACAAGUGGAGAACGAAACUACGACGAAUUGACCCUUUUUCAGGACUCCCACGUCAUACAGAGGAAGUCAUAAGGAGUCUGUGCAUUACGUGGGAGAUCACAGUGACUGAUGGGAGAGGACGGCGGAGCACCUUUCAGCAGUCUCAUGCCUCCUUCAGUAGCACGGCUGUUUUUGUGUUUUGGGGCACUGUCAGUUGGCCUCCUUUCAACCAGCUCACCUCGCUUGAGCUUCAUGGAGUGUUGCGGGUGCCACUCAAUUGUCCUGCGCCUUACAGGCCGGGCUGGAAAUCAGUUAUGUCCAAAAUAAAGCUUCAAAGAGAACACAGCGAGUUGUGUGUUUCAGACAAGAUUGUCAAGAUGCUGUAUGUUGGACAGGGCAUAACUUUGGGAUUCUGGAAGGACCAGUGGGGAAUUGCUUUUGUCAUGGUGAACUUACACAAUCACAGACUUGUGGAACGAAGUCUUCAUGCAUCUAUUAGUCCAUGUACAGCAGCUGGAGUCAGUGCUUUGUUUGAUGAUGUGGACCCGGAGUACGGUCUCCAUGGAUACACUGCUUACAUCGAACUGCACAAUACAGUGAGAGUCAUCAUGUCGGGCCGCUUUUCCCAGCUGUUUUGCAGGAGAGAUCAGAUUUCUGAUGGUUAUCUUCCGCUGGAAGUGAUCAGUGAGAAUAACAGAUCUCCAAAUAUUCAUCUGGUUGGAGAUGUCAGCUUGCCUUGGAGGACUGAAGCUUUACAUGGAACUAUCAGGGACUGUUGCAUGCUCAGCCUCACUGUAUGGGAUGAAGCCAAGCAGCCUUUUUGGUGUGUCAGCGCUCCUGUUGUGAUGACAGAAGCAAGUCAGGACACAGUAUCAUAUGAUCUGGACGGCGGGAGUUUCUCCAUUCUAUACCAAGACUCAGAGGGGAGGGUGGAGAUGAGGCUGAAGGAGAUGGAGCGUAAGGAACAGUAUUUUGUGGUAAAUCUAGUGAUUUACAUUGCUGUCGCCAAAGUGAAUAAGCACUUUGGGAGAGAUUACUGAA